UCUCAGGGUCUCAGCGUGGAUCCCCUAAUCCUUGCGGUGACCUAGCUGUAUUCAAUUCAGUCCAUUGUCUAAGGCUGUAGGAUUUAGAGGAAGAAUGUUAAUUUGAGGCCAGAAAGCUUGACUUCUCUGUGUACAGUUUUAGUCACCUUGGGUAAUUCACUCUGCCUCAGUUUUUCUUAUCUGUGAAAUGGGAAUAAUAGCAGUUCUAUCUAGUUCACAGAAUCCGUGUCAGACUGACACUGUAAAUGGUAGCUGAACUUUGGGAUGCGUGUCUUUCUGAGAUGGGAUUCAGAAGUGCCUGAGGGGACUUCGGGAUCAUUGAAAGGCUGUUGAGGCGCACGGCUGUCAAGCGGACAAGAAAUACGUUAAAGGGGUAAUGAUGAGAGUCCAGCGCAGAUUCGAAGAUGUGAGCGUGUCCUGAGGUUGGCAGCCUUGAGUGGCAGGGAAGAAAGCGACGUCCCUCCAAAAGAAAACAAAGAAAGAAAAAAGAUCCUGUUUGCUGUGGGGAAUGGAUUGGAAAAGAGAAAGCAGUGGUAGAGGCUGUGGGAGAGUCGCAGAAGCGCAGGUCAGCUUCUAAGAAUCAGGCACUGGGGGAAGACACUCUGGAGAUUGUGAGGCCGGAGUGGUGAACGUUGUUGCCGCGUCCACCAGAGUCCUAGGAGACGCCUGGAGGGAGGGCGCUGGAGAGAAAGAUGCGGGCCCGGGAUCUCGAGGACGAGGAAGAGUGCUUUGAAACCAGCACGCGGGGCCAGCUGGAGCCUUGACCGAUCCAGGAGUCUGGCCAGAAACCUGAGCGAGAAGGAAGGCCCUCCUGGCAGGUGGCCGUGGGGGAGACAGAGACACGGCCGGACAGGCCCAAGACUGCCUUCUGCUCGGCCCUGCAGUCGAAAGUCGGGGCUCCGGGAGGAGCCGGCAUCGGGCACGUGGCCCGCGGCGGCCCCGGGCCCCUCGUCCUUCCUGAGUCUGCCCGGGCUGUGACCACGCCUCAUGUCUCCGUCUGAGGGGCCGGCGGAGCGCAGUGCCAUGGAGACGAGGCCCCCGGAGGGCAGGAAGGGGCCUGCGCCCAGGGAGCUGCCCCCGGCCGUGGGGCUGCUGCUGUCCAUGGCGCUCAUGAACGUCCUCCUCUACCUCUGCCUCGACCGGCUCGUCACCGCGCCCCGCAGCCCCACGGCGCACCCCGGCCGCUGCCCGCCCGGCCACUUCAGCAUGGGGCAGGCGGCCACCUGCUCCCCGUGGCUGUCCUGCGAGCAGCUGAGGGCGGAAGUGAGGCCUCUGAAGCGCGUCGGGGAGGGAGCCGUGAAGACGGUGUUUCUGUCCGAGUGGAAAGAACGCAAGGUGGCCCUGUCGCGGCUCACCAGGCCGGAGGUGAGAGACGACUUCCUGCGCGGGCUGCGGAUGCUGCAGGCGCUGCAGAGCGAGCACGUGGUCACGCUCGUGGGCUACUGUGAGGAUGAUGACACCAUCCUCACCGAGUACCACCCGUUGGGCUCCCUGGGCAACCUGGAGGCGACGCUGAACCUCGCCAAGUACCGCAGCCUGAAUACGUGGCAGCACAGGCUGCAGCUGGCCCUGGGCUACGUGGCCAUCCUCAACUUCCUGCACCGCAGCCCCCUGGGCACACUGGUCAUGUGCGACUCCAGCGACCUACCCAAGACCCUGUCCCAGUACCUGCUGACCGCCAACUUCAGCAUUGUGCUCAACGACCUGGACGCCCUGCCCCUGGUGAACCGCAGCUCCGGGGCCCUGGUGAAGUGUGGCCACCGGGAGCUCCGUGGGGACUUCGUGGCCCCAGAGCAGCUGUGGCCCUUCGGAGAGGACGUGCCCUUCCAGGAUGACCUCAUGCCCGCGUAUGACGAGAAGAGUGACAUCUGGAAGAUUCCUGACGUCUCCAGUUUCCUUCUGGGGCACGUGGAAGGGAGCGACAUGGUCCGAUUCCACUUGUUUGACAUUCACAAGGCGUGUAAGAGCCAGGUGCCUGCAGAGAGACCCACCGCUCAGGCCGUCCUGGACACUUACCAGAAGGUUCUGAAUCUACUCAGAGAUACCGCAACAUCUCAGACAAGAGAGAUGCUGUGAAAGCCAGUGUGGCCGCUGACGGAUGGGAGUCAGGGAACAGCUGGAAGAGUUGCACUGGUUUUGCGCUGAUGGAAGGUGUUAGCGGUUCUGCCCCAGAUUAUUCUUCUCCUGACUGCCUGGCGGGAGUUGCUAAGCAGGAGCACACGGCCUUGCCGUGAGCCUGACUGCAAGCAAAGGCGGAGAGAAGCCGUGAGUCUGAUGAGUAUCUGAAGGAAGUAACAAGUAUGGAGCUACACAGAGGCGUCCUAACAGCCUAACCUGUAGGCUCAUGAGAAACGUGCUGGAGAGGCUUCUAAGUGGCAGUGUGGGGAAGAUAUUCAGGUGAGUAUCUGCAGUGUGCUUCACGGUACCGGGGAGACGCCACUGUGUUUCAGGUGACUGCUCAGGGACACACCUGUGUCAUCCACAUCCCAGCGAGCUAGCACGCAUGCUCUCUGAAACCUUGAGUGGAUAAGGAACGUUGAAAAUAUCACGUAUGACGGAAAUCCCAUUUGUGUUACUACUGCCUUGGAUGGUGCUUGUGAAAUUCCCCUUUACCUUCCAGCUGGAUAUUUAUUCUGUGCUCAACAUUAAUUAUCGUGAACAUUUUACGCCAACAGUGUCUGUCACUCAUUCAUUACUAGAAGGCGUUGAAGACCUUCCACUUGAGUCGCAUGAUUGAAUCCUUCAGAGAGCUUUUCUUGGUCCUUGUUAUCCUUGUUUGCAGGGGAGGAAGGAUUUGGUGCAUAUUCAUCAUUACCAAUAAGGGGGUUAAAGCUGGCAUUGAGGGCCGAAAGGCGGUGCACAGGCCUGGUGGUCCUUGGAAUUACAGUGAGCUGGCCCCGGCCCGCAGUCUCGGACUCAGUGUCUGGGUGGAGUCCGCAUUUCUCACUGCUUCCCUGCAGUCAGUGCUGCCGGUGUGGGAACCACAUUUUGAGAACCAGUGUCCUUACCUAUGCAGGCAGUAGACAGGGAGUGUGGUCAGUAUUAUCCUCGUUCUGCCUCCCAUGGUGAUUGGGUCCUAUGGUUGGUCAGAGAAUAUGCUUGCCCAGAGUAUAUUAACUGCUGUUGUCUGUUAUAAACAUGCUGCCAGAACCCACUAGGAUGGCUGUAAUCAAAAGGAUGGAUAGUAACAAAUGUCGGCAAGGGUGUAGAGAAUUGGAGCCAUCAUACGUUGCUGGUAGGAAUGUAAAAUGGCCCAGCUGCUUUGGGAAACGGUCUGACUGUCCUCAAAAGGUUAAGAGUUACCAUGACCCAGCAGUUCCAGUUCCCAGUAUUUACCAAUGAGAAUUGAAAACAUGUCCAUAAAAGAACCUGGACACAAAUAUUCAUAGCAGCAUUAUUCAUAAUAGACAAAGGAUGAAGAUGUCCCAUUUGCUGGUGAACAGAUAAUAGAAAAUGUGGUCCCUCCGUACAAAGGGGUAGCAUUCAGCCGUGAAAGGAGUGCAGCGCUUAGUCGUGCUCCAGCAUGGAUGAAGGUACUAAGUGAAAGAAGCCGUCAUGAAAGACCACGUGCCGUAUGAUUCCAUUUGUAGGAAAUGUCCAGAAUCGACAAACCCACAGAAACGGAAAAUAACCCAGUGGUUCCAGAGGGGCUGGCAGGGGCAUGGAGUUGAAGAAUGGGGGGAAAGGUGGGGCUUGCUAAUAGGUACAGGGUUUCUUCAGGGGAGAUGGAAAUUUCCAGAAAUGGUGACAGUUGCACAACUCUGAAUACACUAAAUAACACUAAGCUGUAUAAAAAGGGGCAAGUUUAUGGUUUGUGAAUGAUAUCUCAAUAAAGCUGGGGAAAAAACCCCACCU